AUGCGCUCAAGGAGCUUGGAGGUGAGUGGCAGCAGGGAGAUGGGUCUGAGGUUGUUGGGGUCCCCGGGAUCCAGGGAGGGCUUUUUGAGGAUGGGGAGGGAGAGAUUGAAGAUGUGGGUGAGGGAACGAUUAAACAAUGCUUCUUUGGUAUUGGGGGGAGGAAAAGCAAGAUGUCAUUGGUGUCAGUAGGAGGAAUAGUGCCCCAUCAUUGGUGUCAGUGGGAGGAAUAGUGUCCCAUCAUUGGUGUCAGUGGAGGAGGAAUAGUGUCCCAUCAUUGGUGUCAGUGGGAGGAAUAGUGCCCAUCAUUGGUGUCAGUGGGAGGAAUAGUGCUCCAUCAUUGGUGUCAGUGGGAGGAAUAGUGCCCCUCAUCAUUGGUGUCAGUGGGAGGAAUAGUGCCCCAUCAUUGGUGUCAGUGGGAGGAAUA